GGGAACUACACACAGUUUCCUCGGAGCAGCUGAACUGUUCACCUACAAAAAUAUUCUGCUUCUCUCGAGUAUUAUUAUACAAGGAAGACAACAAAUAGUGCUGGAUUGCUGCGGAGACUUGCACAAAACUAAACGCUCUGCACUGACCCUGGGCUAACGUUAAACAUGGUUCGUCGUUGCAAUUUUUUCUGUUCCAUGGGUUAAAUACUUGGAUGUAAGAACGACCCACCCACGAUUAAUCCAACCCCCUUCAAUUAUUCCAAUAGCCUUACUUCCUCUCAACAAAAAUGACAAUUUCUGAAUGUACUCAACGUCUCAUACUUGCAAGAACUACAUUCCUAGUCAGUAUUUUCCCGAACACGCUGCAACCUCAUUGUCGAACGCAAAGAUAGAAACCCCGUGACAGGAAAAUAUUUUUAAGCAGCCAGAAGCUGAACAAUUGUUUUUAAAUAAGUGUCAAGUUGUAGUUGAAGUCUUCAACUUGAAGAACGAGAGAAGUAUAAGUCUACAAUCUGUCGUGCUAUAAUAACCAACAGGGCUCCUCGUGUGGUGGGUACUAUGAGUGAUACAAACAUGGCUCUAAGUUCAUUGCAUGAGAUGAUUCGAAACUUAUCAACGUACAUUAAGAGUUUAGAAGUUUUGUGCGAGAGUGGAGUGACGCUGGCCAAAAACUUUGAGCGCCUUUUGUCCCCUGGGCCUGGAGCUCUAGGGGCUUGUACGUCGUCCGGAACGACGAUAGAUAGUGAUAUGCUCACCCAAUCCGUAUCUACUUGGGAAUUGGCUCACAAAGUUGCUACUGCGGACUCGAAUGGUCUCAUUUCCGAGUUACUCCCACUGCUUCAGGAAACCGUCCAGAGUGUAAUGCAUGAUCCUGCUUCCUUCAACUCAGCAAAUACUUACGAGGUCUUUCGCUCCUGUUUUUCUGCCUUCUUUCAAAUCCAGUGGCGUUUCUGCCAGUUGUACAUUUCCUGCGCAUCCUCUGCUCAUGGCUCAUUCCUUCGAAGUCCGGAUACUCAUAUGGCUCGUUCGCCCACUAUGGCGUCCUUCAGCUCAUCUUCGGACCGACGAGAGAGCACUGAGAGCUGUAUGUCUGGAUUCAGCCUCCCCCGAAGCAGCUUUUCCGGCGUGUCCUCAUUCUCUUCUAGAAGCUCAUCCCCUGGUCCGGGCGGUCUUCAUCUACACCCUUUUGGUGGAAGAUCUCGCACGUCUAGUCUUUUUGAAAGCAGUCCUUCCGUAAAAUUCACUCCUUCGCAACCUCCAAGUCCGCUCAUGCCAUACGGAGGGGAUAGUUACCAACCUUACCUCUUCCGUCGCUGGUCUGCUCACACCCACACGUUUGCAAAUCCUACCAUCGGCAGUGGGAGUGGUCACAACAGUGGCAGCAAUUCUGGUUCCUCCGGGGGAAAUUAUUCUAGUAUCGGAGGAUAUGGGUCGGGCAGUAGCUAUGGUGGAGGUUCCUCUAGUGGUGGAGGUGGUGGAGUUGGAGCUGGUUUCGCUCUCUCGUCCGCAUUCCCAUUUAGUCGCAGAUGGUCAGUCCCUGCUAAUCAACCCCCUGGAAGUACUACAGAUUCUGGUCGUCGAACAGAACCUUCGGACAUAGACUAUGGGUUGAUGGACGCCAUUAAUCUCUUAUCCACCAAGCCACCCACACCCUCAAACCACACUCUCAGAGAUAUUCCACUCGAAGAGUCCAGAGGUGAAUAUGGUGAUGAUGCUGGGGAUGAGGAUGAACCACAGACAACGUCGCUCUGGCCGCCGUCUGAAACUAUGCCUGGUGUCGUGCUAACAACAUGUGGCUCUGACCCUGAAGUCACAACUUCAGCUUUAGACACGCUCCAACAGCAAACUGCUGCUGCGGCUGCGGCUGCUGGAACACCAUCCUCCUUGCUGAACAUCCCCUAUGGUGUCCCUUCACCCCCCUCGGGCCUCCAAUCCCCUGACCCAACGAAUCAACCUCGGCUGGGGCCCGUAGGCUCCGGAAUUCAGACGUCUUCAUCUAUGAUACAUGGUCAGUCUGGCUCUGGAGAGUAUACCCUCUUUGGGAACUCUGCCAAUCCCACUCGCAACUGAGGGAGUAUUCUUCAUCACCUUCUCGAUUUGUCCAACUCCAACGGAAUACCUUUAGUAAAUGUAUACGUCUUCUCAGCUGUGCUGGGAAGGUCACAAUUCUCCCACAAACACAUACUAUCCUUAAUCAAUGUUGCCAAAAAAUUGUGAAAUUUCUUUCCUAGUGUUUCAGAAAAUGUAUAUAUAUGCAGAUUUGAGAUGAGAUGCGAGACGAUUAUGAGCGCUGAGCGUUCCUUUACAAUCUUCCAUGUUACUCACUGGGGGACACGAAUUUCUGGGUUGAUCAAUAUUAUUUAUUAUUAUUAUCUUAUGGAUUUAUUAUUUAUUAUUAUGCCACAUGUUAGGUAAAAGAGUUUUUGACUAGUGGUAUUUUCCGAUUGCUAUCACAUACGACCGAUAAUCGGGUGUGUGGAUAUCUUAAUUAUGAAGUCCUGACUCUACUCCCCAGUGAAACAAUCAGUAUUUUGACUGGAUCAAAAUACCAGUUUAUUAUUAUUGCUCUACUGUUACGAGUAUAAUAUAUUGUUAGUAACUACUUUAAUGAUAAUGACAAUGAUAUUGAACAAAAAUGGAACUCUUAUUACCAUACGCUACUCUCUUAUUAGUCUGACACGAUGUAUUUGCUAUGAAAAUGUAGAACAAUAUAUGUGACACACUACCAUUGGCCAUCUUAUUUUGCUAAUUUUUGUGACUAUUAUGCGGAACAAUGCAGACACAACAACGGGUAUGCACGCGUUUAUGUGAUUCCACAAAGAUUAUUUUUACAGGCCUCUUUGAUUAAUCGAUAAAUUAAUCAAUUAUUGAUUAAUGAGUAUGAUUAAUUUGAGAUCGUUAAUUGAUCAAUUCAUUGGUUAACAAACAAAAUUAUUUUCAUCCGUUAUUUUACUACCAUAAAUUGUGACGUCUCUAGUACAUAAAUUACAUUAACAAUGUGACUCGUGCCCAGUAUUUCGCCUCUCUUCCAUUAUGUUGUUGUAAGAAUUUACUUUUAAAAUUAUUAAAAUACUGAAAAACGA